AUGUGUCGAGUUCUAUUUCAGGGCCCACUGUUUGGUCGCUUGACCAAAGCUGGAAGAGACUACUUGUUGAAGAAUGGAUGGCAAGUCUUGUUGGAGAAUAAUAAUGAUGAUGCUGAUAAUUUCAAUAUUGCAGCUGUGCCACUGGGAACACAGCGCCUUGGCUUUGUUUGGCCCACCAAAACCGGUCCACAGUUUCAGAUCGACGAUGCCACCGCUGCCCAUAUUCGCCCUUUUCCAAAGCACAUGACGGAUAUUUUUGAUGACAAGCUACAAUUGGCAGAGGCUUUGAAAGGAACGACAUUGGCGCCGCCCUGUCUGUUGCAACCACUCGUGCCGAAAACCAUAGAUCCCCAGAAACUUUAUUUUGUCAAGCACCGCUAUGGUGCCCAGGGGAAAAGUGUCUACGUGUACAGCAAGGAUGACCUCUUGGCGUGGCACGGACGGUCCCAGAAUCCCCAAGAGUUUGUCAUUCAAGAGGAGAUUUUGCCAGCAUUGCAUGAGGGCCGCAAAUUUGUGCUGCGUUGUCACCUAUUGUUGGUACAAAAUAGAGACGGCAAUAACGAUAUCCAUGGCAGCCAUGGCAGCCAUGAUAUUCCUUCUACUGUUGCUGGAUUUGUUCACAAGACUUCCAUUAUUUGUCAGCACCACACCACUCGCUAUCAAAAAGGCAUUUCGGAAAAGUCCUCGCAAGUCAGUCAGGCGGGCAAGAAGCAUCCAGCACCCAUUCUGUUCCAAGAUUUGCCAUCCGAUCACCCCUGUGCAAACGCCUACGAUCAAAUAUUCCACUCCUGUCAAACCUUGUGCUCGACGGUUCCAAUAUCAUCGUCUGGCACGACGAAUGCUACUACUACUACUACUCCUCCUCCUACAUCAUUGGCACCAGAAACAACGUGCUUUGGACUCUUUGGUCUGGAUCUCAUGAUGGAUUCAGAUGGAGAUAUUAAAGUCUGUGAAGUGAAUUCCCAUCCAGCACUAGGCUGGGGGACCAUGUCCAAGGUUCCCCAAGAGGUAUUUGAAAGAUUGAUUGAAGAAACACUGUCACUCCUGUUGCAAAAUAGUGAUCCAGAGUAUGCAGAAUCAAACUUUGAUAAGCUUGGUACAUAUUGA